UUUCACCCAAACGUUAGAAGCCUAUUUUGACAUUCAACAGCAUUUAAGGAAAUAAAACCCCUUUCCCCCCAGUAGUAGCAUUAAAACAAAACAAAUUAAACGCAACAACAAAUUGCUGCUCUUCCAUGACACCAAAAGCUCACUCUUGUCUAAUAGCGCGCCCAGCCCCGCUUUAAUCCAAAAGAAAACCCCGAAUCUAACCGGAUGUUUGAGAUAGUCUAACAUUUGUCUGCCCUCGCGUCCUUAACUCUAUGGAGUUCCUGCAUCCUCAAUACAGAGCGCAGAGAUAAGAAGCCUCUGAGAAAGAGGCAAAGAGAACUCGACUUCCGGUCCCGCUUCUCCGCAAAAGCGAACCUGCUGGCAUCCGCGCGUGUCGUCGCUUCCUUCGCCGCGGAAUCGACGAGAGACAGAUAUAUAAACUAUAUUCGAUACCAAGGUUCCAACUAGCACUACCAUGGCAUCUGUAGCCGACACAUCCCUGUUAUCAGCCGAGCUGCAGGAGGAGGAGGAAGAGGAGGAGUUCCGACGUCUUCUACUCCAGGCAACCCAGAAAAUCCAGAGCUCCGUGCCCUCUCCGGCAGAAUCCAAGCCUAUCCGUCCGCUCCCAGGGUUCUGCCUGAAAACCCGCACAAGUUCUGGCGAGAAGGUCUUCGUGAACAUCUGCCGGUCUCCCCACAUCCCCCCACCUCCUGACCUGACCAACGAAGAGCUUGCCUGCCUCAUUGAGUCGGAGAACGUCUCCACCUUCCGGAUCCCCAUGAGCUUGGGAGAGGCCCACGUGGAAGUGGACAAGAGUGGCAAUGCUUGCACUGUGUAUGACGUCUCCAUCAGCACCACCUUUUACAACAAGAUGGAGAACAACCACUUCCUCAAAGAGUUCUUCAUUACGAUCGCCAUGGAAGGAUUGUCGGAGAAAUACAAGGUGGAUGUCAGCAACCAAGAAUGGCGGAUUCUGAAGAACAGGAAGUUUAUGGGCUCCAUAGCCGAGCAGACCAUCCGCACCAAAUCCAAGCCUUUCAUCCAAGAGAUGGAUAGCAGCCAAGUCAAGGAGGAAAGCAGGAACCUUUUGCAGCCACCUGCGUCACAGAGCUUGGCCGCAGUUCCCGAAUUCACCAUAGUUGCUGAGCCAUCUAUCAGCCACGCUGACCGCCUGGUCGCGAAAAUCAGCCUCCCUAAAAUGGCCUCAGUAAGAUCUCUCGAGCUGGACCUGGGAGAGGACCGCAUUGUGUUACAGGGACACCCCCAGCUCUACCAUUUGGACAUCUUCAUCCCCUACAGCAUUGUUCCCGAGGAGAGUAGGGCCCAGUUCCACAAGGGAACCAAGGUCCUGACUUUACUGAUGCCCAUCCAGCGCCCCUUACUGUUGCCGUGAGCUCGGAGGAGGAAAAGCCACCCUGGAGGCGGGUCCCCUUCUUUGAGAUACCAGCCGGUGGAGGAAACAGCAGGGUGAAGAAUGGAGAUGCCGGGCAAGGGGCGGGACUUCCUGUCGAAGGAAGGGGGCUAGGUUUUGGUCAGGGGUGGCAACCUCCACAAUGCAGAAUCUCUACCUAAAUACGCACGCACACAGCGGAAGAGAGAGAGAGAGAGAGAGAGAGAGAGUGUUGUACAUGUUGGAUGGGACCCAGGACUUGCCUUCAUCUCUCCUCCUACGAUUUGUCUUCUCAAACUUCCCUUCCACCCGCAACAGCUGCUGUUCUUUGUGGCUUUUUUAUUACCUCCUCUUUCUUGGUCUGCGCAUGCAACCAGCCUGUCUCCCUUCACGCCUGCAGUCAGUUCAGCUCCGCUCUCUCUGUGUGUUUUGAAUCGAGACGGGCUCUGGGCCUGCAAACCUGCCCCCUUGACCCUGUUAGCAAAAAAUGGAGGACCUGGUCUGAGUCAAAACAUGCUGGGGUGAGAAAGGAGGCAAGAGGGGUGGGUUAUGCGUACACUUCGGGCUGCAGGUGGGGGGGCACUUUUUAAUGCUUACAAAACAACACCUACCACAUCAGGAAAGUGGGUAGGUCAAUAUUUCUCUUCCUGCUGUGUUACGUUUGCACACGAGAAUGCCAAAGGACCACUCAGAAAUGGAAUCCCCCACCUGCCGUCUGAUAUGGUGCAGUCCGGUCUACCCUCUGCCACUGCAUUCUUAAGGCCUCCUUGCCACUCCUUGCCCAACUAUAACUAGUGAUGGUUUGUUUUUCCUCAUGGGUGCAGACUUCUCUCAGUCUUUUUAAUGAGGAGCCCAGGGUGCAAGUGGAUUUAUCUUACUCCGCCCUUGUUCUGAGCUGUGAGGGUUUUUGAAAGCAUCCUUGGAGAGAUCAAGGCAGCCUUCUUGGGAGAGAAGUGGUGCUGUAUUGGAGGCCCAGCUUCUAACCAAGGCAAUCUACUCUAAAGGUCAUAACCCAGCUACCCUCAUAGUUCUAUGCAUGGUUCCGCCUUUUCCAUGGAUCCUGCAGUAGCACCCUUUAUCUAAUUCUGCUUCCUCCUCCUCAGAAGGGUGACCCACAAAUUUAUUUUCCAGAGUUGGUAUGUUAUGUCCAAAGUUCUUUGCGGCAUCUCUUCAUCGUCACAACAACUCCCAACGCAUCUCUUCACAACAACUCCCAGUGCAGUUGUGAAAACCUCAUUCUCAGGCAUCUUCUGUUCAAACCAUGUUCAAGUUUCCUGUGGGGGAAAUGCCAAGGUUUCUAGCUCUGAGUUGAAAAGAGAAGUCUGAAAUAAGCCAUGUAGCUGAAGUGUGUUAGCAUAUAGUCUCUUCUGAGAACGUUGGGCUAAAUCUUCUCUUUGGUAAGAAGAUGAAGGAUUCCUUAUGAUGCUGUUUUUUAAUUCUUGCCCAUCUCUGCAACCUCCCAACAUUUUGGUGUGUAUUUUUUUAAGCUUAAAUCUCCGUAGGUUUUUGAAGCAAGUAACUGUGAGCCAACAUAACACAGGUUUUUGGGUCAGAUGUUGGCAAUGCUUCCUUUGCACGCUACCUGCCUGCCUUUUCAGUGGAAGGUAGGAUGGCGUUGAAGCGGGGAGAGGCCCCUGCGUCCCCAUACUUAUGGAGACAAGGGAGGGUGGUGCAUCUUCUGUAGCGGGAGAGGAGCAGGAGCUGAGCUAUUUGUAUCCUGGAUUGGUUUGGUUUGGCAUCCAUUAAAACAUUUCUGGGUUUGUUUUUA